CAGCCUGGCGUGGGGGUCGGGCCAGGUUCCGGGAGUGUGGGGGGCGCACAGGCCGGGAGCCAGGCCUCCUCUGCGGCUGUCCGCUGCUGAGACUGGCGCGGCAGCCAAGGGGUCGUUGCGGGCCUCCCCUCUUGCUCAGCGCUGCCCCUUUGUCUAGGGUCAGGUCUCCAACUCCUCACAGCUGCUCUCUCCGACCAGGCUGGCGUGGUAACAGAACUGUGUCAUCCCUGCUCCUAGCGGGUGGGCUGUCCAGUGAUUCAAGACCCCAUUAGGAACUUCUUAACUGAACUCAAGGAACAACAGAGCAGGCAAGAUCUGUGCUGGACAGAUCCUUUGGAUUGAGGCUACUGCACACAGGAGUGUGGGUAUUUUCUCUUAUUUCUUACUCCAUUGCAGUUAAUCAAUAACCAAGGACCAUUGCUCAGAGGAACCUGAACAGGCAGGUGAUGCUGGCAGAUUAAAGGAAUACGGCCUUCUGGGAGAAUUCCACAGAGAAUUUUUCCAAGGAAGUCAAAAUUGAGAAAGCUCCUCUGAAGGGAAAGAGAAGACUAGAGAGGCCACUGGAAUGCUCCAAGCAGGAGAAAAUGAGGAGAAAGACGAGAAACUUCAAACAUAAGACAGUUAAAGACAAUAAAGCACUUACAGAUGUGAGUGACCAAGAAUCUGAAAAAGACAGUAGCCAGUGUUGUGACCCUACAACAAACACAAGAGUUCAGGCUGAAAAGAGACAGUAUGUAUGCACGGAGUGUGGGAAAGCCUUUAGUCAGAGUGCAAACCUCACAGUACAUGAGCGAAUCCACACAGGAGAGAAACCCUAUAAGUGUAAGGAAUGUGGAAAAGCCUUCAGUCAUAGUUCCAACCUUGUUGUUCAUCAGAGAAUCCACACUGGACUGAAGCCCUACACAUGCAGUGAAUGUGGGAAGUCUUUCAGUGGUAAGUCACACCUCAUUAGGCACCAGGGAAUCCACAGCGGGGAGAAAACCUAUGAAUGUAAAGAAUGUGGGAAAGCCUUUAGUCGGAGUUCAGGCCUUAUAUCACAUCACAGAGUUCACACUGGGGAGAAGCCCUACACUUGCAUUGAGUGCGGGAAAGCCUUUAGCCGUAGUUCAAACCUUACUCAACAUCAGAGAAUGCACAAAGGAAAAAAAGUUUACAAAUGUAAAGAGUGUGGGAAAACAUGUGGUUCUAAUACAAAGAUUAUGGACCAUCAGAGAAUUCACACUGGAGAGAAGCCCUACGAAUGUGAUGAGUGUGGAAAAGCUUUCAUCUUAAGGAAGACCCUGAAUGAACACCAGAGACUUCAUCGUAGAGAGAAACCUUACAAAUGUAAUGAAUGUGGAAAAGCUUUUACUUCUAAUCGAAACCUCAUUGAUCAUCAGAGAGUUCACACUGGAGAGAAACCCUACAAAUGUAACGAGUGUGGGAAAACCUUCAGACAGACUUCUCAAGUUAUUCUACAUUUGAGAACCCACACUAAGGAGAAACCCUAUAAAUGUACCGAGUGUGGGAAAGCGUAUCGGUAUAGCUCACAGCUUAUUCAACACCAGAGAAAACAUAAUGAGGAGAAAGAAACCUCAUAAAUAACAAAUAUUGUUGGUUAUAUGGCUAACUGCUACACUUCUGAAAAGCAAUUUUUAAGUAUCAUUAACCUUAAUUCUACUUCUAUGAAUCCAUACAUGGAAAAUAAUCAGAAGUAGACAACGAUUAACAAAAGGGAUAUUCAUGCCAGCAUCAUAUAUAUCUAAAAGAAGAAAACUACAUUUUCAACAGAAUGGGGUUUAAGUGAAUGAUGGUCUAUCUAUAUGAUGGUUUUGCAGCCAUCAUACAUUUUAAAAGAAUAUUUAAUGACAUGGAGAAAUGAUCUGAAUAAAAUGGAAUAUAAAAGAAAGAAAAAGCAA